AUGUCUAAGACGUCAAGUUUAGGAAUGUGAAACCAGACGCAUUUCUCUCUGAAUAGGUUUGAAGCACCAAGUAAGCUAGGAAGACAUGUUAGCCACACUUUUGAAUGCUGCCAGGAUUUGUUUGCUGAUUUAUAUUUUAUCUAGAGGUCAUUUUACAGAGGCUUCACAAGCCAUUAGCAAGUACAUAAAACAUUACGAAGGACUUUCCUACGACCGAGAGCUCGUAAAACAACAUCAACAUCGCAUCAGACGCGACGCAAAUCCAAACAAGCAAGAUCUCCAUCUGGACUUCAGCGCCUUUCAGAGGGAAUUCCACCUGCGUCUCACGCCAGAUGUAAAUAAUGGCUUCACAGAAGAUUUCAAAGUCCAGUCAGAAAAUGAAUCUCAGAUGGUGGACCUCUCGCACAUAUAUUCUGGAGUACUUGAAGAUGACAGUAAAUCGUCAUGUCAAGGUUCGGUUCUUGAAGGUCAGUUUGAGGGCUCCAUCACAACAUCCAAUGGGACGUUUUAUGUCGAGCCCAUUGAACGAUACAAAACCACUCAUUCUGACCACCAUUCCAUUAUUUAUCAUGAGGAUGAUGUGGACGACACUCCCUUGAGAAGUGGUCAUGCCGGCUUUUGUGGUGCCGAACGGCUGCAGAAUCUUCUCCAAAACCACCAAGAGCAGAUACCAGUGUCCAGGUCAAAGAGGAAGGUCGACCAGUCCAAAACCAGCUGUCUUUUGCAUCUCCAUACUGAUCACCGAUAUUACAAACGCUUUGGAAGCAUUGAAGCUAUUGUGGCUCAGGUUGCCUCCUACAUGAAAGCUGUAAAUGAUGUUUACGAUAAAGCCAACUUUGACGGCAUCGAGCUGAUCAACUUUAAAGUGAAGUUUCUCACUGUGAUCACAGAGGAAGAUCCCAGCAGUCCCAUAAGCGUCACUCAUGUUGGUCCUGAGAAGCUUUUGAGUCUGUUUUCCGAGACAAACUGGAAUGACUUCUGCCUAUCUUAUCUGUUGACUGACAGAGACUUUAGCGGGGUUCUCGGCCUGGCCUGGGAAGGAAAAGCAGAUAAUUGGGGAGGAAUCUGCUCUAAAAUGAUCCUCAAGAGCGGUCGCAAUUGCAGCCACAACACUGGUCUUGUAACCCUUCAGACCUAUGGCCACUACCUUUCUACCAAACACGUACAUCUGACCUUCGCCCAUGAGUUGGGCCAUAGCCUUGGAGCUCCUCAUGAUGAAAACUCUAACUGUGGGGACCUGGAGGUCACCAGUGGCAAAGGAAGAUUCUUGAUGUUCCCGAAAGCCGCCAGCAGGAUUGAGGAGAACAGUGACAAGUUCUCCCCCUGCAGUCUGCGGCAUAUGAGUCACCUUCUUAAUGUAAAGAAGGACACAUGCUUUGUUGAUAGUGACCAGCCCAUUUGUGGAAACCGCAUUGUAGAAGAGGGGGAAGAGUGUGAUGUGGGCCAUGAUGAUAGUGAUCCAUGCUGCCACAGCUCAAAAGAGCCUUCAGGCAUUGAGUGCAGAUUGAAGCUUGGCAAACAGUGCAGUCCUAGCCAGGGUCUGUGCUGCAACUCCCAGUGUGUCUUCAAGAAAGCUGGGCUGAUGUGUGAAGGAAACUCAGAGUGUCGUAACAAAAGUGUUUGUGCUGGUUCCUCUGCUGUUUGUCCGGAACCUCCUUCCAAGCCUGACAUGACAAUAUGCAGUAAUGGCACUCGUGUCUGUUCCAGCGGGGAAUGUGGACUGUCUCUCUGCGCGCUACAUAACAUGGUGCAAUGUGACUGUCCGGGACAGAGCAAGACGGAGAAGUGCCACAUGUGCUGCCAGCAGAGAGAUAAACCUAAUACCUGCGCGAGCACCACUUCUGCAGUCCUUUUGCAGUAUUUCAGUGGGAAGCGUGUGGCUUUGGCUCCUGGAGCACCCUGCUCUGGGAACCAAGGCUACUGUGAUCAAUUUAAAGUGUGCCGAAUACUAGAUGCUGACGGUCCAAUCGCAAGGCUCAAAAACUCUUUCCUGAAACUGGAUGAAUUUGACGACUUGGCCGGUUGGAUGAAGGCACAUUGGUGGGCAAUACUUUUGGGAAUUCUCUCCAUUUCUGCCAUUAUGGGCGGCACUAUCUUUUUUCUUGGACAGCCACUUGAAAUUGAUGAAGACGGUUAACCAUCUAUACACUUGGGGCACUCCCAGCAUGCAGGAAAACAUUGCUUUUGAGGGAACUUCUGAGUGUUCAAAACAUCUGACUGAUCAUUGGAGGCUGUCCAGAUGCACAGCUGAGAGUCGACUGCAUCUGUCCAAACACGAUUUGAGUUUACUUCGACCUCCUCCACCCAAGUGUCUCGCCAUUGGCCAUUUUAAUGUUGUUUUAACUCCACUGCCGAUUUGAGGAUUGAACACCUUCCAGUUUUUUGUGCAGCUGUAAAUCACUGUGCUCUC